UCUUGUGUUCGGACUCAGCCGGGUAUCCGGGGUAUCCGGGGCAGCCACCGACGUUCCUAAUUCUCUCCGUCCUUCCCGUCUCCUAGAGACCUGAUGCCGCGUACGCUGGAGGGCCAGAUCACCAUGGAGAAGACCCCCAGCUACUUCGUCACCAAGGAGGCCCCCGCCCGCAUCUCGGCCACGUCCAAGGGCACCAAGCUGAUCGUGGUGGUCCGCGACCCCGUGACCCGGGCCGUCUCGGACUACACCCGGACCCGUCCAAGCGGCCGGACGUCCCGCCCUUCGAGAGCCCUGACCUUCCGGGACGGGACGGCGGCGGGCCCGGUGGACGCCUCCUGGAGCGCCGUCCAGAUCGGCAUCUACGCCAAGCACCUGGAAGGCUGGCUCCGCCACUUCCCGCUCCGCCAGAUGCUCUUCGUCAGCGGCGAGCGGCUCGUCGGCGACCCGGCCGGGGUCUUCCUGGGCCUCAAGAGGAUCGUCACCGACAAGCACCUCUACUUCAACCAGACCAAGGGCUUCCCGUGCCCGAAGGAGGCCGAGGGCAGCGGCCGGCCGCGCUGCCUGGGCCAGACCACGGGCCGGACGCACCCCGCCAUCCGGCCCGAGGUGCUGCGCCGACUGCGGGACUUUUACCGGCCCUUCAACAGGAAGUUCUACCAGAUGACCGGGCAAGACUUCGGCUGGGAUGCGUGAGAAAUUAUUUAAAAAGGCUUGGGGGGGAGAGAAGCAAAAGAUAAUAUAUUUUUUUACCUAGUGAAGAGAGA